AUGGCCGCCUUGUCUGAAUUAGGAUUUGGCUCAUUGCCGCUAUGGCAGGUACUCUUCGGAGGCUUGAUCGUUGUCCCAGUGACUCUACUUUUGGGUUUCUGGUUCUGGGCGACGCCGAAUGUGCUGAAGGAUUCUCGACGGAAACAUUUGCCACCUGGCCCUCGCGGCCUUCCAUUUAUUGGGAACUACUUCGACCUCGCUGGCGGCGAUGGCGACGCCACACCAGACAAAGUGAGAGAAUGGGCAAAAAAAUACGGAGACGUGUUUUACACGAAGAUCGGAGGAUCAGAUUACAUCUGGCUGUCAUCCCCCAAAGCCGUCAAAGACUUAUUGGACAAGAGAUCCGCGAUCUACUCAUCGAGACCUCCUGCACCGCUGGCACAAGAUGUUGCGUCGGCGGGAAGAAGGCAAUUGUUUAUGCCCUACGGACCUCGAUACCGAACAGUCCGCAAGAUAUCCCAUGCGCUGCUCAACAUCACAAAGACCACCGAAUACCAGCCCGUUCAGGAUCUUGAGUCGAAACAGCUGCUGUACGAUCUCGUGAACGACCCUGAUCGCUUCUACGACCACAACAGACGGUAUUCUGCAAGUGUGAUUCUAUCGGUUACAUAUGGACAUCGUAUCGGAACGUGGAAUGAUCCUCUUGCGAAAAGCGUCUACGAGGUCGUCAACAACAUGCAAAACUACGCUGCUCCUGGGGCAUGGAUGGUUGACACCUUCCCUUCCAUCCAAAACCUGCCUCAGAUCUUCUUUGGCAAUUGGCGGGCCUUCGGAAGGAAGUGUCAUGAGCAUGAUUCACCCAUCUACUUGAGGCUUUGGAAUGACCUGAAAAAUGAAGUUGAGGGUGGGACUGCCAAGCAAUGUUUCUGCAAGGAUUUUUAUGAGAGUGAUCCUGAGAAACAGGGUCUGGAUACACUUCAGGCUGCGUAUCAAGCUGGCGGGCUUGUGGAGGCAGGCUCAGAGACUACUUCAGCUGCUUUGAAUACUUUCUUGAACUUCGCGACAUUGAAUCCACACGUUGUGAAGAAGGCCCAGGAAGAAGUGGAUAGAGUGGUUGGGCCGGAUCGGUAUCCCACUUGGGAAGACGAGGAGAACUUGCCGAUGCGACCUCCGAAUAAGGUCGGGAUGCACCAUGCAACGACUGAGGAUGAUUGGUACGAAGGGAAGUUCAUUCCAAAAGGUUCGGUGGUGCUGAUCAACUGGUGGCACAUAAACUACGACCCCGAGCGAUGGGAGUCCCCAUUCGAGUUCAAGCCCGAACGCUACCUAGGGUAUGACCUCCCCGCCGCCUCAUACCUCAACAUCGCGGACCCCAAUCAACGCGACCACUUCUCCUACGGAGCAGGAAGACGCGUAUGUCCCGGCGUACACGUUGCCGAGAAAUCUCUUUAUCUGAACAUCAGUCGAAUCGUCUGGGGGUUCAACAUCUCAAAGAAGAUCGUAGAUGGAAAGCCACUUGAUCCUGGCAGCAAGAUGGUCCCGGGUUGGAUGACUAUUCCUCAGCCAUUUGAUUGUGCUAUCAGCGUGCGGUCGGCAAAGCAUGCUAAAUUGAUCGAGAAGAUAUGGAAGGAGGCUGAACAGAAGAUCACGCUGGAUGAAAAGCGGUAAUUCAAAUCGUUUGCUCGAGAGAAGGUCUCAGAGCGGAGUGUAGAUUACCAAUCCAGCGUUCUGCGCUAGCAAUGAAUAAUGGAUGGAUCCUCGGAGCAAUGGAAUAAGUCGUGUGAAGCCUGC